CCCAAAGUCCAACCCCCACAUUUCUCAUUUCAGGAAGAAGCGGAUCUAACGUUGUGCUCGCCACUACUGCCAUUAAUGUUUCAACGUUUAUAAAAAUUUCGUAACAUCUGGUCGUGAGCCAAAUCGCGUUUUCUAUGUAGUCUACAGCCGUCCGGACCAACUGUCUAUCCCGGUUUAAGACCAGAAAACAUGGACUGGACAGUGAGCAGUCGGGCCCUGUUGUGGUGCAUUUUGGCGUUGCUUUGCUGCGCUGGUCUCCCACAAAAGGGGUUUUGCAGCACAGUUUCCCUUCCUGAAAGCCUGCUCUUUGUGUCCACCCUGGAUGGAAACCUGCAUGCUGUUAGCAAGAAAUCAGGCUCUAUCAAAUGGACUCUGAAAGAAGAUCCAGUUCUUCAGGUCCCCACACAUGUGGCAGAACCAGCCUUUCUGCCUGACCCCAAUGAUGGCAGCCUGUAUUCUCUUGGAGGAAAGAACAACGAAGGCCUCACAAAAUUACCGUUCACUAUUCCUGAGUUGGUCCACGCCUCUCCCUGUCGCAGUUCUGAUGGAAUCCUUUACAUGGGUAAGAAGCAAGACUUGUGGUAUGUGGUGGACUUGCUGACUGGUGAGAAACAGCAGACGCUGACUUCCUCCUUUGCUGAGAUGCUGUGUCCCUCUUCAUCUCUGCUCUAUCUGGGACGCACAGAGUACACCAUCACUAUGUAUGACACCAAAAGCAGAGAGCUGCGCUGGAAUGCCACCUAUUCUGACUACGCCUCCACCCUUCCUGAUGAUGACACCAAAUACAAGAUGGCUCACUUUGUGUCCAAUGGUGAUGGACUCGUGGUGACUGUGGACAGCGAAUCUGGAGACGUUCAGUGGGUGCAGAACUAUAACUCUCCGGUGGUGGCCAUGUAUAUCUGGCAGCGCGAGGGCCUCCGUAAAGUUCCCCAUACUAAUGUGGCAGUGGAAACCCUACGUUACCUCACUUUCAUGUCUGGAGAAGUUGGCCGCAUCACCCAGUGGAAGUACCCAUUUCCCAAAGAGAAGAAGCCCAAGAAUAAGUUCAUGGCCACAUUGUAUGUGGGUAAAUACUCUACCAGUCUGUAUGCUUCUCCCUCUCUGGUGCACGAUGGAGUCACUGUGGUGCCUCGUGGCAGCACCUUCCCCAUGCUGGAGGGUCCUGACAGCCAGGAGACUGAAGAGGACAAGGAGUGUGUCAUCACACCUAGCACCAGUGUCAAGUUCAACGCUGCACUCAGAGAGCGAAACCGUAUCAACUUCAUGAGGAACUACCUGCUUCUCAUAGGUCAUCAUGAGACACCUCCUGAAGCUCACACCAAGAUCCUGGAGAAGUUCCCAGACAGCUUUCCUCGCAAUCAAGGCAACGUCAUCCCACCUACCACUGACAAGAAAGUAGAGGAGAAGGUGAACGAUAGUGGUAUGGAUGACGGCCCCCCUACUCCUCUGCCUGAAACAUCAAUCCAAGAACCUGGGGCCAGUGGUCGCAUUGUGCGGCCAGAGGCCCCUGUGGAUUCUAUGCUAAAGGACAUGGCCACCAUCAUCUUCUCCACUUUCCUCCUGGCGGGCUGGGUGGCCUUUGUUAUUACCUACCCUAAGAGUGUGCACAAGCAGCAGCAGCUGCAGCACCUGGAGUUCCAGAGACAGAUGGAGGAGAGGUUGGAGCUGCUCCAGAGGCAGCAGCCAUUCCCCCCUGCAGACGUAGGCCUGGGUUUGGCCUCAGACGGUGACUACCUGGAGGUGGCACACACCCGCUCCGAAUGCUCAGACCACAGCAGCCCCAAUGUCACCCCCCGCGCUUCCAACCACUCCAAUCUGUCUGUGUCUGAGCUGGGCAGCUCUGCCAAUGAACAUGAAGAUGGAGAAGAGGACUCCAAUAUUGUCAGAGUGGGCAAUAUAACUUUCCACCCCAAAGAGGUCUUGGGUCAUGGUGCUGAGGGCACCAUUGUGUACAAGGGUCAGUUUGACAACCGUCCUGUGGCAGUCAAGAGAAUUCUCCCAGAGUGCUUCAGCUUUGCAGACCGGGAGGUUCAGCUGCUGAGGGAGUCAGACGAGCAUCCAAAUGUCAUCCGAUACUUCUGCACUGAGAGGGACCGUCAGUUCCAGUACAUUGCCAUUGAGCUGUGUGCUGCCUCACUUCAAGAGUAUGUGGAGAGGCAGGAUUUUGACCGUCAUGGACUAGAGCCAGUUAUGCUGCUUCAGCAAACCAUGUCAGGACUGGCCCAUCUGCACUCUCUCAACAUAGUCCACAGAGACCUCAAGCCCCACAACAUCCUGGUGUCCAUGCCCAACGCCCACGGUCGGGUGCGAGCCAUGAUCUCUGACUUUGGCCUGUGUAAGAAGUUGGCGGUGGGCCGCCAUAGUUUCAGCAGAAGGUCUGGGGUGCCAGGCACUGAGGGCUGGAUCGCCCCUGAGGUUCUCAGUGAGGACUGUAAAGACAACCCGACCUGUGCUGUUGAUAUCUUCUCUGCUGGAUGUGUGUUCUACUAUGUGGUGUCUCAGGGUAGCCACCCUUUCGGUAAAUCUUUGCAGAGGCAAGCAAACAUCCUACUUGGCACAUACAGCCUCGACCAUCUGCAAACUGACAAACAUGGGGACAUUGUAGCCAGAGAUCUAAUAGAGCAGAUGUUGAGCAUGGAGCCCCACAGGAGGCCUUCAGCAGAGAGUGUUCUCAAACACCCUUUCUUCUGGAGUCUGGAGAAGGAGCUGCAGUUCUUUCAGGAUGUGAGCGACAGAAUAGAAAAGGAACCGCUGGACGGACCAAUAGUGAGACAGCUGGAGAGAGGGGGGAGGGCUGUUGUCAAGGGUGACUGGAGAGAGCAUAUCACUGUGCCACUGCAGACAGAUCUGCGGAAAUUCCGCUCUUAUAAGGGUGGGUCAGUCAGAGACCUCCUUCGUGCAAUGAGAAACAAGAAACACCAUUACAGGGAGUUGCCCGCUGAGGUCCAGGAGACUCUGGGCUCCAUCCCUGAUGACUUUGUCUCCUACUUCACCUCCCGCUUCCCCCACCUGCUGAUGCACACCUACCUGGCCAUGCGGACCUGUGCCCCUGAGAGGCCAUUCCUGCCUUACUACUCCACUGCAGAGCAGAUUGCAAAAACACAGGCUCAGUACACACACAUCGGGCCACAAAGACAAAAUGAGCCAUGCACUCAACACCUGCCAACAAACACAUCACAACCCCAGGAAUCCACACAUUCAUCACAACCAGUGCAGGAGUCGACACCUGCUGAAUCAGUGCCCUCUACAUCACCAGAUGAGCCUGUAUCUUCACACUCGCCAGUUCAGACAGUGCAGCCAGCAGAGCCAGAACUGUGCACACAGACUGACUUGCACUGUCAGACACUUGCCUCAGAGUCAACUACAGUUCCUCUCACACAAACAGGAUCCAGUCAGUCUGAAAUGCACACGCUGCCAGAUCCUCUCACACUGGACAAUGAACCAGUGUGAACCGGACCAGAGUCAGGUGGACCCAGCACAGACGGGGAGCAUUGCCUUAAAGAGUGGACACCAAGUGGGGCUCAGUUGCUGUGCCGUGUGCUGGUGAGGACCAGGCCUGCAGUGCCUGGGAUCCACUGCCUAGCAUAGCAGCUGCACCCUGAAUUAAGUGCCUUCUGCUCACCUGGGUUAAAAUGUUCCCCGACAGAACCGUCCACAAGUCUGUCUCUGCCUUGAAGAGGUCAGAUAUCCAACAUGGCGUUGUUGGACAUUAUCUUGUAGCUGGACUGAGCAAAGAGAAUUUUUUUAUUAUUAUUUUAUAAUGGCAUGUCCAAAAUAGUGUUUGUCCCAAAAAUCUCUGGCCUCUAUUGUGGGAAACAUUGUGUGGAUGUUAUUGAACACUUGGGUAGUUUUAUUGUGCAAUGUUGUAUUUCUCAGUGAGCCUGUUCACUGCACAGAUACUGUAUGUAUAUUUUUGUAUAGACCGAUUCAGAAUUUGGAUCAUUGAUGAUAAAUCAUUUAAUGUGGCCAAUGUGCCUUUUUUUUAAAAAUAUCACUGUGCUGUAUGGGUACAGAUCUUUAAAAUUAACUAUGCUAAAUGUGCUUGAUUCCAGUUAAUGCUGCUAGACUGCUUCUCUUUUUGUCAAUCAAGACUUUAUCGUGCUGACUCGGUAAGAGUGGGCUGUUCCAAAGGGUGUUCAGGUAAGCAUCUGAAUACUGUAGGUAAUUUUAGCCUCAUUUGAUUAUCUAGUCAAAUAUGAGUUUAGAGGUCAGGCUGCAGAACGCUCAUGUAUAUGAACUUUUCAAGGGUGUCAAAGUGAAGUUAAUGACUUGCACAUUAAAUUCUAUUUUUUUUAUACUAA